UCGUAAUCUCUCUCUCGCUUUUCCGCUUUUGCUCUCACAUACGGAGCGGUCGUCUCUCUCUGUCAGCUGUGAAUGUUGCGUUGGUGCUCACUCUGCUGUUGGUAGAUGUUUUUCUAUCUCCCUUCCUUCGAAGCACGGGCAGAGACGGUUGCUCUCCUUUAUUGGGGGUGCUUUGUGAGGGAAUGGCGAUGACGACGACGGAACCGACGUCCCGAUUGUGAUCCGCUUUCGCCCUUCUUCUAGUUGGGGGUGCCUCCCCCACCCACUUAGCCACUUUGACCGUCGGUUGGUCGGUGCAGUAGCAGCUAACAGCAGGCGGACAGUUACGUCCUCGUCUCGCCGCAUAGUACCGUAGUAUGGGAGUCAACCGAUGUGUAGUGGUAGCGCAACGCAGAUGAUGAUGAUGAUAAUGAUGAUGACGGUUGUAUAGUACACAUAUUGGUAGUAAAAACCAAGAGCGGACACACUACCGUCAGCAUCCAUACCACCAAGCAGAGAGAGGGAUACCGUGUUGCCCGUACGGUGCUAAUUUGUGUGAUCGUUCGUCAUCGUCGCGUGUGCAUUGGUGAAUUUCUGUGUAUUUCAAGUACGAAGCAACCCAGCGGUGCUGUGUGAGCGGUGGAAUACAUUUCUUCUAGUGAUUUCUACGAAAUGCGAUAGAAAGCAUAAAGUGAGAGGGAGCCCUAAUUGUCGCCCACUCGGAUGUCGGUAAUUCUAAGCUGCGAAACGGAUGAAGGUUAUUUAAAUGCAAUUGUUGUACUGUGUUUCCACAGUAUGAAGACGAAAAUGAAGACAAACGCAACAACUGCAAUGUCCCUUUCAUAGCAGCACAACAAUGGAUAUGCGAAGCGUAUACAAAUGCCGUCGUUAAACUUUGCGGAAGUGAUUUACAGAAAUCAUUGUUGUUUCCGAAGGAGUCAUCUUAUCAAUUCAAAUUUAUCCAGCACAUACACACACACACCCAGUUGCAGCAUGGCCUACUCUGGUUGAAUCUUCCAAACGGUUAAUCAAUAACCCUGGAUGCACCGUUACAUUGGCCGAAAUACGACUACGACAAAGAUGGCUAUGUAAAGGGUUGCAUUCUGGAAAGAGAUUUCAUCGAUCCAUGGCAAGCGCAAAAGGGUGGUACGAUAUGGAAGCAUAAGAAGAAAGAGAUACAACAAUACAAAACCAUCCUGCAAAAAGGUGUUCUGUUCAAACAAGUCCAUAUUGUCGAUCUUGUUGAUCCUCGGUGAUGAUGGAAACUCAACAAACGGAAAAUGGAAUAGCGAAUUCGUGGAAUGUAUGAAACCAAUUAUUUCUUAUAUUGCCCAACAAUUCAACCAACGAAACAUAAAUACGCAAACACACAUACACACACGGUGGCAGCAUGAAAUGGAUGGCCGGUGUAUUUGUGGCCACACGGAACAGCGACUCAGUCUAACCAGCCAGCACUUUGAUGUGUAUGGAGAGUGUGUAUGAUGAUACCAUGAUGUAACUACUACCAGUGUAAAGUUAGUUGUUUUGUUUUCCUUCUUGGAAAAUUGUCUUGAUUGUCGAUGCUCUCUUUUAUUUUUUUUUAAAUAUUGUAGUUUUUUUUUACAAAAACCAUACGGAUUUGUCUCCCAGGAUAUUCAUUGACAGCUAUUGGCUGUGUUUUAUUUCACUACUGGCAAUAUUUUACGAUUUUCUAAAGACGCUUAAUGAAUGCAACUUUCACGAGUUGUCAAAAUGUUGCACAGAUGCGCAAUAAUUAACGGACUACCGCUUGGUGAAGAGAAAUUUUAGCUGCGCUAAGAAAAGUUUAUUGUUUACAUCACGUUUAAACCUGCUAAAAUCAGUUGCAUACAACUGAAAUAAGCGCUAAGUGAAAGUUACUGGCUGUUAAAAGCAGUUUAAAAAAUUGAUUACAUUAUACGCAGCAAUUGUUUAUGGAGCCUUUUAUUUUAAAUACUACAAUAUAUUAACACUGUUUAAUUCAUGGAAUGUUGCACGAAAUAAUGCGAUACAAGAAAGGAAAGAAGAAUAUUAGUUGCACAUAAUCAAUAAUCGUAGAUUCUGUUAGUAGAGAGAAAACAAUGAAACAAAAGCAGAAAAUGGGAACAAACAUAAUGAAACUGAUGUGUAAAAACGUAAAACAUUAAAUGCGCUAGUAGUGGUGACGGAAUGCUCGAGAUGUUGUGUGCAAGUGUGUGUGUGUGUGUAUGUAUACAUAUUUUUCUACCCCUUUGCUAUUGCUUCGCGAUUGCCUUUUAUAGACUGCGAGGAAGAGAGAGAAAGCCUGGGAACGAGUGCGACAGAGAAAAAGAUAUUCUGCAUUAAAUGCAAUAGUAUGAGACAGAAGAAGUCCGCAGUGAACAUAUGAGCGCAUGUGUGUGAGUCGUACAUGCAAGAAAAGAAUCUUAAGGUGUGUAUGUGUUUGUAUCGAGUGUGCGUAAAACGAAGGGACUAUAGUGAAAUAACGUAAAAAGUUUACGUUUUGUAGGUUUGCAUAUUCUUCUUGUUUUUUUUUUUUGACGAAGGGACCGAAGAAGAAGUUUAUUAAUGAAUGAUUUAAAUCACUACUAGACUGACGGCUGUACCAGUGUCGGAAAGUUGUAAUUUCCUUUCGUAUGCUUGUAUGGUUGUGUUUGGGCAGUGUGUCGACAUUAUGGCAACUUCAUACACAGUGCCAAACAAAGAAUGUAGUGCCGCGUAUGAGGAGUUUGUUUGAAUCAUGCUGGUGGACAUGAAAGGGGAAGGGAAUCUGUCCUUCUCCAUGGCACCAACACCAGCAUCACCACGAAACGCACACACACACACACACAAACAACACUUAUACAAACGUGGCAAACGAAGCAUAAAGUAGCGAGUAACGAAAUCAUACCUGUUUGGUAUACCGUUCUGUUUUUCCACCGAUGCUCCGUCGUGCUCAGUUAUGGCUGCCAUUCGAGAGCUGUACGGUCGUGAUUGUUGAACACCUUCGCAGUUUAAAUGUCAACUGCUUGAGCAUUGUGCUUUGUUUAUUGAUUGCAAACGAUUAAACUUGUACAAACUAAGAUUAUCGCGUGGUGAAAGAGGAAGUGCAGAGUUUUGUUGUCACAAUCGGUUGUACUACCGAACACGAACAAACAUACACAUACAUUCACACAUUAGUAUCAGUUCAAAAAGGUACAGGUUCCGUUCCAGUUAAAGGCCGCGUGCGCUGGUGUUGUACCGUCGACACAGCCUCCCGCGAUCCUCGACGCGAUCGAUCCCGGGAAAGCCUACCAACGGCAACCACACAAGACCAGCGAACCCAUCUCUACCCAGCAGUAUUUGUUUGCACAGUGAUCCUGCUCCGUUUAGCGAGCGAAUUUUGAUUGAUUAUCGCAAGGAAGCGGCACUGCACACGUGUGUGCCCACGACGGUUACUUCCUUCCGCUCUAGAGAAGGAACAUAACUGGUCGAAUUGUUCGUUCCGGUGUUUGCAUCAACUUACGGGGCGCUGCAAACUCUUGCUGCGUCCGUCUGUACGAAACAGUGAUAUUUGUUUUUUUCGUUUUGUCACCACUUCGAAACCCUUCUGUGUUGCGCUUAGUGAGUGUUUGUGAGUGUGUGCGUGUGCCGUGUGACGUUUCCGUUUCCGACGUUGGGUGGUCAUCGUUAUGAACAUGAUGAACAACAGCAGUGGUGAUGAGCAGGUUGAGUGUCCACUGUGUAUGGAACCGCUAGAGGUGGAUGAUCUGAACUUCUACCCCUGUACCUGUGGAUAUCAGAUCUGCCGCUUUUGCUGGCACCGGAUCCGCACGGACGAGAACGAGCUGUGUCCGGCAUGCCGGAAGGCGUACCCGGAAAAUCCGGCCGACUUUACGCCUCUGUCGCAGGAGCAGAUUGCGGCGUUCAAGGCGGAGAAACGGCAGCGGGACCAGCAGCGGAGGGCGAAGAUUUCCGAAAACCGCAAACACCUCGCGAAUGUGCGGGUGGUGCAGAAGAAUCUGGUGUUUGUUGUUGGGUUGCCGCCCAGAUUGGCCGAUCCGGAGAUUCUGAAGAAACAUGAAUACUUCGGAAAGUAUGGUAAGAUCCAUAAAGUGGUCAUCAACCCUAGUACGACGUAUGCGGGUGUGCAGGGUCCCUCGGCGUCGGCGUACGUGACGUACAUCAACAACAACGACGCGCUGAGAGCGAUCCAAAGCGUGAACAACAUCAUGAUCGAUGGUCGACUGAUAAAGACGAGCUUAGGUACGACGAAGUACUGUAGCCACUUUAUGAAAAACCAAACCUGUCCCAAGCCGGACUGUAUGUACUUGCACGAACUGGGUGACCAGGAGGCUAGCUUUACGAAGGAGGAGAUGCACCAGGGGAAGCAUCAAGAGUACGAGAAGCGGUUGCACGAUGCCAUGCAGGCGCAGUUAGGUCUGACGUCGGCAGCAGGAGCGAAUAGCCAAAAUGGUCACGGCGGUAGUAGCGGUGGUGGCGGCAGUAGUAGUACGACGGCGAUGGCAGCGGCGGCGGCGGUGGUGGCGACGGCUUCCGGUGGUAGUAUGGCCACUGCGGCCACGAUCGCCGGGCUGGUGUCGUCGACGGCGGCGGCAGUGGUGGCAUCGACGGCAACUACGGCAGCGGCAGCUGUGGCGGCAGGAACAACUGCAGGUGCGUCCUCCACGCUGGUGGUAAUUGGCAGCAGUGCAGGUAGUGCGGGUAGUGGUGGUGGUAGUGGUGACAGUGGUGUACCCAGGUCUGGCAUCGGCGGCACUAGCGGCAGCAGCAACAACAACACCACCAGCGGCAGCGUCGGCACUAGAGGCACCAGCAAAUCGUCGUCCGGCAGUGAUAUAAAACAGAUUAGCGACAUUACCAAUGGACCGAUACCGAGCAAAGAAGCGUGGCCCAGCUUAUCGACGACGCCGAACGGUGGCAGCGCACACGGCGGCGGAAGUAGCAAUAAGGAGAAUAAGCUUAACGGUAAAACAGUUAACGGGAGUGGCAGCAGCAACAAGGAAAACACGAAUCGAACCGACCGAAAGCACGAAACGAAAUCUCGCUCUAAAGGAGGCAAGAACAAGCAGCAGCAGCAGCAGCAGCAGCAGCAACAACAACACAAUAACAAAAAUAGUCACGAAAAUUCCAGUAAUCAUAAAGAUAGUACAAGUAACGUGUCUAGUGCCAACGGUGUUGUUGUUGCUACUGCGAAGGGAGGAAGUGCGGCUUUGGUGGUGAACGGAAAGGGAAGCAAGGCUUCGGCGAAUGGUACGGGCAAGCAGCAGCGAAACGGUGCUCACGAAACGCAUGACAAUGCGCUCGUAAAUGGCAACAGUAAGGAAGCACAGAACAAUAGCAAAAACCUCAAACAGCAGCGGGAACGAGAACAGCAGCUUAAGGGCAGCAGCGAUAGCAGCGAUCAGCAGUUACAAAGCAAGAAGCGAGAAACGAACGGCAUCAGCAAUGGUACCAUGGCGACCAGCAUUAGCAAUGGGAACGCAAAUGGCCAUAUUAUCAAUAACGAUCUGGACGAUGAUGAUGACGAGCUGGACUUUGAGGAUCUGGACAAUGACGCACUGUCGUCGGAUAAUGAUGGCAAAACGGAUUCCCCUUCGUUAAGUAGCUCGGCUUCAUCACGGAACGGUGUAGACAGUGAGACGGCUAGCGGUAAAAGCACACCGGGCGGAUUUGCCGAUACGCUUACCAAUGGUGACAGCAAUGUGAUAAACGCUGUACCGGAAGGUGAAGCCGUAGCGGGUACCACGGAUGGAAAUGAAACUAUUGCCAUACCACCUACAACCGAUACGGUUGCCGGUGAAUCGAAUCGCAACUCCUCGUCACCGUCGUCCAGUUCGUCGAUGGGCGAUGAAAAGGCGGACAGCGAAAGUACUGCUCCGGUAGCCUCGUCAUCCUCUACUACAACGUCCUUGUACGGUGGUUUGGAUGAUGGUACGGACACCAGUGCGGCUGUGAUCAGUGCGUCGAUGGGCAAAUUGGCCGUUACGGACACCACCGCUAGCAAUGGUGGUGUUGGUGGUAUCAUGAACCACAAGUUUGCCAAUGAAUUGCUCGAUAUGAGCGCACGGUACAGUAAGCUCGACAGCAUACUGGAUGACAAUAGCAGCUUUUUCUCGUACAACGCGUUCGAUCCUUACGGCAAGCCGAGCGUGACGGCCGCGGACCUUGGUGUGGAUAGUGGUAGCGGUCUUCAGGGCGUCGGUUUGACCUCUUCGCAACUUCCCGAUCUCUUAAGCGGUACAAACGACACAAACGAACAGCACGCAAAGGAGCUGUUGAAAAACAUGGGCAAUUUGCAGCAGCAGCAGCAGCAACAGCAACAUCAGCAACAGCAUCAUCCACAACAACACCAGCAGCAUCAGCAUCAGCAGCAGCACCAGCAGCAUCUGCUACAGCAAGUAGCUCGUUUGCAUCAGCUGUCUGCUGGACUGAUCGGCAAUGGUGGUGACAGUAGCAUGAUGAACGCCGGGGCCGACGAGCUUGACCCAGCUCUCAGCAAAUGCUUAUUACGGCAGAAGUACAUGAUGGAGGAUCAGCAGGAAGAGUGGCUUCGCCUGCAGCAACAGCAGCAACUACAGCAACAGCAAGAGCAGCAGAAACGUAACCACCUGAAUAAUGGACUGAAUGGACUACCGCCAUUCCAUAAUUUUAACGAAUUUGGAACAACUGAUUAUUGGCACAAAACAGUCGCUAUGCGGAAUAACUUCCCAAGCCUACAGCUGCAGCAACAACAGCAGCAGCAGCAGCAGCACCCGCAGCAACAAAGGCUACACACAGCAGACAUAAGCCAGAUGUACGGAAACGCCAACAUGUCCAAGUUGAACAAGUUCUUCGACUUUCAUAAAAACCAACAACAGCAGCAACAGCAGCAAUUUUUACUCAAUGGACAAAGUUCAAUCCCACAGCAAGCGGUAGAAAUGAACCUGCUAGCGCUAGAGAACAACCGUCUUAAUGGCCAUUUCCUCGAACAACACAACGAAAGUUUAUUAAGCUCCCAGCAGCUUCAAAAGCAGCGGCUGUUUAACAUGAACAUGGGCACACACAAUCCGUUGCUAAACGGUAGCGAUCGCUCAAUGCAGCAGCAUAAGGCUGCGGUAGCGGCAGCAACGGCAGCAGUAGUUGCUGCUGCUGCAUCGCAACAACCGCAACCGCAGGCUGGCAACAGAACUCAGCAACAGCAGCAACAGCAGUAUCCCCAAAAUCCGACCGUAGACGAUGAGCUUGGGUUCGAUCCGUUCCUGGAGACCCAAAAGGCGCUGGCCGAGUUGAUGAAUGAUGAAAUGAAUCAGCAACAACUGCCACAGAGCAGUGCCAACCAUAGUAAGCUGUUGGAGAACGUGCAGCAGCAGCAGCAGCAGCAGCAACAACAACAACAACAGCAGCAUCAACAACAGCAGCAACAGCAACGUACCCGUAUGCCGCCACCUGGCUUCAAUCACAUGAACGCGUUCGGUUUCGGGGUACCACGGGCACAGGGUAGCAAAAUUUUACCAUUCAUGAAUGGCGGUAUGCAAAUGCCUAACGGACAGCAACCACCACAGCAACCGCCGCAGAAUGGUAACUGGAAUCAGCAGAUGCAGCAACCAUUCCUAGGAUACCAACAGAAUGAGCAUCUGGUACAAGCUCAACAACAAACCGGACUCAACAAACCAGCGUAUGGCAAUAAUCUCUCCGACUGGACGUCGAUGGAUCCAGCCAUCGUUUCCUACCGUCAGUUCUCCUUCAUGAACGGUCCCAAUCAACCGGCCGGGGGUGACAUGUUUCUGAAUGCUCAGCAACAGCAACAGCAGCAAAUGAAUCAGCCACAAAAUAUUCAACCUGGACAAGGUUUCGGACACCAUGGUCUCAACUUGCAGUCGAACCUGAUGGGUCAACAGCAGCAACAACAGCAACAACAGCAGCAGCAGCAACAGCAGCAGCAGCAGCAACAACAACAGCAAGCAAAUCCACAGCUUAACUUUUCUCAUGUCAACAUCAUCAACAAUGAGCGAAACGUUUUCAUGUACGAAGUAGCCAACUGCGGUUUCCCGAACGGCUUCGACAAGUACUCGAUCCCAAUGCCACCGGGCUUUCAGAACAACGUCCCCGGCAACAACAAGCAGAAAACGGAAUGCAUCAACUAAAAUUUGGCAGCGCAUAAUAGCACACGAACGCAGAUGAACGCAAACACAAGUAAUCACACAUUUCCGAUUGACGCCAUGUGGUGCACGCGUCAGCACCUGGACCUAAUAACGUAAAGCCGAACAGGUUUUCCUUUCUUUAUCGUGUAAAACAAAGCAGUUACGCUUUAAUGGUUUGGUGUGGUUUUCACUUUCCGAAAAAAAGCCAGACAGAUACGGCGUCAAUAUACAAAAUAGUUUAACAAAACUUCCAAGCUGUUCCCGCAGUGCAUGGAUAACACACACAUAAAAGAGAGCUGGACAGAUGGCAAACAAGAGUGUACAGUGAGUAAUCUAGUCUACGACUUCGUUUAUUUGUAAACAGCAUCAACACUUGAAAACUGAACAAGAAACUAAACGACACGAGCAAUAUCGAUCAUUAAAAUCACAUCUACACCCAGAUCAACAUCACUUUUGCGGGUCUUGCAAUUUCGGUUUAGCAAAGCUGUAAUGGUACAAGAUAGAGUUAGCAGAUCGAAACGUAAACCCAAAUCAACUAGAAUCAAUCCGAUGAAUAGUAAAAACAUGCCGAAGAGACGCGCAAAUCCGCGCACGAAGCAAAAUGGAAUAGGAAAAGUUAAAGCAAAAGCGCUAUUCGUUUGUGCGUUUCGCAAUCCGUCAUUUUCUGUGCGAUUGAUUAAUCGAAUAAUAGAGUUCGGUGUUAAGGACAUAAUCCACACAACGUACAGUAAAACGGAUGCACGCACACAAACGGAUAAUGAUUUUGCGGUGGAAAGCUUUAGAGCCAAACUCGAAGACACAUCAGAUGAAGCAAAUUAAGAUUUCAGUCGGUGAUUCCGAAUGGUGCGAGUGGUGUAGAAGGAAUCUCAAUGGCCUUGACGUGGUUUCCCUUGCGCAAGAAGGGAUACUGGGUCUGAUAGCUAGAUUCGGAAUCUUGAGCUGUGGUUCCGUGCUGCUAAUGUGUUGGAAACCAUGGUUCAAACAUAUCCGCAUUUAGCCCUUUGAGGUUUCGGAAAAGCCAGGUUGAUGAGGUUGAAGAUUGAUGUGGAGCUGUUGUUAACAAACAUACAGUAUCCACGGUUUUAUCAGGUACAGGAGAGCUAUUGUGGGAAACACAGAAUUGCAGAUACAGAACAGUAUGGAUCCACAUUCAAAAUAAUACGCAAAAAACACAAUAUUGAUCUUUCUAAACGUUCUAAAACGCAAGUGAUGCAACCGAUUGUAUCGUUUUGCGAAAUUAUACCUAGUAAAUCAAGAAACUAGACUAAAAGAAGGCGCCAAUCGACAUCGUUUUGUAUGGCUUUGUACACACGAUAGGCUUCUCGUGUAGCGAUUCACUCGUAUCUCGCUGGAAGUGGAAAGCUGUGAGAGACUUGCAGAAAUUCUAGUUCCCAUAUUGCAGCAACUUUCGCUCACUAGUGUUGAGUUUUCUAUUGUUCAAAUGCUUUAUUUUUUACUUUCAUUGUGCGCUUAUACAGUUUGAUUUCACUAAGUGGCAUGUAGUUGCAUGAAUGGAACAAUUGAAAUGAAUUUUUCAACACAACAUCGAAAGACAAAACUUUGCCUUUAUUUCACACAAUUGUUAAACAUCUUGUUUCAAAGUGAGAUGUUUGUAAAAACUGUCACACACGAAUGUUUAUUCGAAACAUUCAUAUCAGUGUGUGGUUGAACCCCGAAGUAAAAACAAAGUUUUAACACAAUUUCGAUUUAGCUCACAAGUCUACUAUUGAUUUAGUGAUGUCUUACUGUAUUGCCGCAAAUCGGAAUCGAUGUAAAUGAUGUUGGUUUAAUCGCUGACUUAAUAAGUUACGCAAAAGAUUCUUUCAAACCUAACAGAAGCCUUUCGUCUGUAUAAAGCCAAUCAAACAGUGCAUUGAAGCCGCUUACUAACAUCUUGCCAUAUGCGCUGGGCACAGCACCAACGAAGCAUUUUUUCUUCCUUUUCGUUCUGGUUGCAUACUGGAAGAAUGGUUUGUUCCUUUUAAUCAUAAAUUGAUUAUAAUUUUAGCCCCACUUGGAUAGAUAUGGCGUGUGUAUGAUUUUUGAUUACAGUGUAUGUCUCUUUGAAAGAUUUUGCCCGACAGAUAAAACCCCCCUACAACUGCAUUGAUACUGUAUAGAUACAUAAAUAUACAGCAGAGAUAAACGCCAACAGUGUGGAUUGUUGCACGCAAGCGUAAUCGGGAGUGUGAUGAUGAAAUUACUAUAUUACUAUACUUCACAAUUAUUAUUGGUUAAUAUUGAUUACUGAAUUUAUAUUACAAAGCAACACAAACUCCCUAGUAGCGUAUGGGACGUAUAAGAACAUCUUGGGUGAAAUCAUAAUAUGCAAUACAUAUAUAGCGUUAUAUAGAGUUAUACGGCAAAACCUCCAUAAUCAAACCAACUGCUGCAAAGUUGACGAGCAUAUGACGGGAUACGAUAGUAGCCGAAUGAUCGAUGAAAUUGUUUAUAGUUAAACCAUCGCUUAGCUGCUGCCCAAGUAUCGAUUAUACAAAUGGCCUCCAAACGGGCAGAAGGGCGGUGUCAUCACUUAUCAUCCUUACCGCGUAAGCGAAACCGUACGUAAUUCUGACCGCCAAAAAGGUGAACUCAAAACAGUCUGCGCGUAAGGCGUUUGUGAGGUGGUGGGCAGAUGAGAUCGAUAGUCGAUCAUGUCGAUUGCAAACGUUAAGGGUGCAAUAUAUCGAAUAGCAUGACGAAUAGCUUUCUCUUCGUGUCUCUACUGCCCAUUUCCUUAUCCUAUCAUACUGACUGAUUUUGUUCUAUCUAGAGGCGCGGAAUAUGCCAGUUUUCCUUCGAAUUUCUAUCUAACGGAUGUGUGUUGGUUUCCCCCAAUAAAAUAAUCCGGUUUCCCCCAGGGUAUAACCUAUUAAUCCGGUGCGUUGAUCGCAUAGACGGAAAGAGGAAAACUUGUUGCAUUCCUUGGCAAAGGAGGAAACUACUGUAAGCAGUAGUUUUUUCAUGAUUCGUUUAUCCUUAUUUGUUGGAACAAUAAACGUAAUCUGGAAAAGUGUUGAUACCGCCCAACAUCUGCUUUGAAAGGAGCAGCAAAAGCAUCCCAUUGUAACGCGUAUGGGAAACUAUAAACCACUGAAAGCGGACAGAUAAUAAGCUGCUAAUGAGAGACACAUACAUGAAACAAAUGUGAUUGUACAUUUAUGCUGCUGUUGAAAUGAGCUGUUACAAAGUGCUGCAAAAAAUACAUAUAAACACACAACACAGCAGCUGUGCGAGCUGAAUUGCUGAAGCUGAAGCUGCUAAAUACGAUUAUAUUGAGGAAGAUGAUGAUAAUCCUGCUAUCUACUACUGCUACUACUACUACUCACACACACACACACACACACAGAACCAUACGUUCAUAUGAAAUCGAUGUACGAUAAGAAGUAUAGUCGCUCCCGCGGUCGAUAUUGAUGCAUUUUUAAAAAAGGAAACGCAUCGCAAAUGAAAGAAGGGACGGAGAGAGAAGCAAACACAGAGGAAACUCAAACAAAUUGUAGCAAAUUAAACGCAUCGCCCCGGAGAGUAGCUAAACGUAAAUCGUAAUCGUAAACAGAAAAUAUGCUGUGUGAGGCGUGUGUGUCGUGCAGGAAGGAAGAAAGAGGGAAAGCUAGGAAUGUGUCGUUCGGACAG